UAUCGGAAACUGGCCUUGAAGAACCACCCAUUAAAAUGCAAGGAGCCCUGGGCGCCGGAGAGGUUCAGGCAGCUGGCAGAGGCCUACGAUGUGCUCAGCGACCCCAUGAAGAAAGGCAUCUACGACAAAUUUGGAGAAGAGGGUCUCAAAGGUGGCAUCCCCUUGGAGUUCGGUGGCGAGAACCCCUGGACCGUCGGCUACGUGUUUCACAACAACCCCAACAAAGUCUUCAAGGAGUUCUUUGGUGGAGACAACCCCUUUGCGGAGUUCUUUGCCGAGGACGGCUCAGAGUUGAUCCUGCCCUUCGGAGGGCUGCGAGGACGAGGAGCGAUGAAGCAAGACCCCCCGAUCGUGCGGGAUCUCUACCUCUCCCUUGAAGACCUGUUCUACGGCUGCACCAAGAAGAUUAAAAUCUCCCGCAGGGUGAUGAACGAAGAUGGUCUAACGAGCACCAUCAGAGAUAAGAUCCUAACGAUCGAGGUGCAGCCGGGGUGGAAGCAGGGCACCAGGAUCACCUUUGAGAAGGAAGGAGACCAGGGCCCUAACGUCAUUCCAGCCGACAUCACCUUCGUUGUCCAAGAGAAACUCCACCCGAGGUUUAAAAGAGCCAACGAUGACCUUGCUUACAUGGCCACCAUCCCCCUGGGAAAGCAGCUCAGGGCUCGGCGAGUGGACACGGCGGCGCUCGGGGCCUUGGCCCCCAUCUUGGGCUCAGCCCGCGGCUCCUCUCAGCCCCCUCCUUCCCACCGCAGCCCCCAGUACUGCAAAGUGGUGCCAGGGGAGGGGAUGCCGCUGCUCCAGGACCCCCGGCGCAAGGGUGACCUCCUCAUAUAUUUCAACAUCUCCUUUCCCAAGAAGCUGACGCCGGACAAGAAAAUGCUCUUAAAAAGCGCCCUCCUCUCCUAGGGGACGCUGCCGUUCCCAAUAAAGCUCUGGAGCCAGCGCUGUGGCCGGUUGCUCCCAGCACCGAGCACCCUAAAACCCAGCACCCUUGCAGCAGUUGCCCCUGGAGCCCAGCCCCACCUUGCUCUCCCGACUCUUCUCCAUUGCUGCCACCCCGCAACAGCGGCACCACGGCGCGGUGGAGGGUGAUGGAAGAUUUUUUUUGAGGGGGGGGUUUGGAGCAUUCCCAGCUCAGCUCAUGUGUGGGAACGACGACCCUGCGCAGGGAGGCGAGGGAAAGGCCACAAAUCCGGGGCAGGAAAGAGCACAGGAUUGACGCAAAGCCUCGCUGCGCUCUGGAGCGGCCGGGAUGGGGGUCAGCGCAGCAGCGCUCCUCUGCCUCGUCUUCACUGAGGUCAGCAACGAGCCUGGCGCAGGAGCCGGCCCCGAAGGCAGAGAAGCUUUUGGGGCUCAGGGAGGGGGGUUUUUGAACCCCAAAAGCCAGUCCCCGAUGGCAU